AUGGAGCAGAGCCGGUUAGUUGUCAGACCCUGGUCGGAGCUGGCCGAUGCCAAACUACGAUUGGCCAUGGGAAAGCAGGAAAUGUUGUAUACCUGGAAUAGUUAUAAUAUCGGGGCUUUGCAUGCUUCCCCCGUCUGCCAUCACUUUGCUUUCUGGCAGACUAAUGUGCCAUCAGCACGGCGACUGGAUGAUUAUGUCCAGCAGAGAAAAUCUAAAAUCUCAGCCUCUCGGAAGCUGAUGCUGAAGAGCUUGAUGGUCGCCAGGGCCAAGGAGGAUCUGGAGCAGGAGAUGGAAGAAAAAGAAGAAGAGAAGGCGAAGUACCUGGAAGAAAAAUCUCCUUCCCUUCAGAUCAGCUGCAUGUGUUUAGACGAGCUACAGACUUUAUGUGAAGAGCUUCAUGCCAUAAUAGACGUGGUGGACGAGGAGCGGUAUGACAUUGAAGCCAAAGUGUUGCACAACAGCAGAGAGAUCAAAGACCUGAACAUCAAGGUCUUGGACCUGCGGGGGAAGUUUAAGAGACCCAGCCUGAGGAGGGUGAGGGUCUCUGCUGAUGCCAUCCUGCGCUCCCUGCUGGGCUCCAAACACAAAGUCUCUCUGGAUCUGAGAGCUAAUCUCAAGUCAGUCAAGAAGGAGGACACAGAAAAGGAGAAGACGGCGGAGGUGAGUGACUGGAGGAAGAACGUGGAGGCCAUGUCGGGCAUGGAGGGCCGCAAGAAGAUGUUUGACGCAGCAAACCAGUAG